AAGGGCUACGAGAAGAAGCCCUACUGCAAUGCGUAAGUGCUGCCGUGGGGGUGUCAGGGCUGUGAGUGCUGGGGGGGGCUGUGGGACCCUCCCUCCUCUCAGUGGUUGAUUUCCUUCUGUCCCGAUAUAUGGGGUCCUGGAGCUGUGAUGUGGUUCCAUGGGACCAUUCUCCACUGCUCUGCCCCAUUUGGGAAUGGGGAAAUGGGUUCUGGCUGUGUCCUGGGAGCCAGCCCUGCUCAGCCUGCAGGUGAAUAAGACUCUGCUGCGUGUUUCUUAAUAAAGCAGCUUUGCAAUGAGGUCUUUUGUAGCUGCUUCUUAGACAUCGGCGGGUCUUAGGGGGAAAAGUAGAUGAUAUGCUGCUGCUUAGCACUUGUGUAGCGAGCUCCAUUCACAGAGUGCUUUAAAAACUCUAAUCCUGACAACAUCCUUGUAAGAUGGGUAUUAACUAUAUUAAUGUCUAAGAAUAGAAAGGAGAAGCAAUAGGGCUGUCAGUCAGCAGUGCUGCAGCAAAACCCUCUCCUGUAGCUCCGGUAUUGUUGGGAGCGGUGGUGGUGGUGGUGACACAUCCAUGAGAGUCCUGCAGGGCUCAGAUGGUGCCCUGUGUGUCCCCCUGGGGGUGGCUGUGUCCUGCAGGGCGUGAGAGCCCUCAGCAGCCCUUAUUGCAGCCGAAGCCCCCUCCCCUGUGUGCCCCAUGGGCUGGGAUGUGCCCGUCCCCAUCCAUGCCACCGACCUGGGGUCCUGUUCUGCUCCUUCCCUCGGCUGCUGUAAGGGAAGUGGGAUAAUAAUGGGAAAUUCCUGAGAUUCCAAGGAGUCUGCGCAACCCCGACCCAUCUCAGUUUCUCAACCCCCUCUGCUCCAGAGCUGCCUUUGAUGCUGGCUGUGGCCUUAACUCUUUCACAGCCGCUCUGGAAGCCUUGGCUCUCCCACGGAGACCCACAUCACGUUGUGCCCUUCCUGCUCCAUGCGGCCGUGCCUUAACGCACGGGGAACUCAGAGCUGCCGGCACGCAGCGGGGUGAGGCUGUGCUGCCCAAUGCUGUGGGGCAGAGCACGGGGAUCCGUGCUGCCCCAGGAGGGGCAGGGGGAGGUGGGGGCAGCCCAGUGGGUCCUGGUGCUGCGGGUGCCGUCCUCCGCCCGCCUGCAGGAGUGGGGGAGCAGCAACGUUUACUCUGGCAGGGGAGCGGCUGCUGUGCUGAGCACAGGGUCUGCUCUGUUUGAGCCGUGGCCUUCUGCCAGAUUCCGAGGUUUCUUUCUUCAAGAGAGCAGAAGAAGGAAGAGGGCCGGGCUUCCUUCUGCUCUGCCACUGCCCGGCAAUAAAUCCGGGCACAGCCUUUGGGUGGCUGCAGCUGUGGGCUCCCCGUGAUGCUGCUGGAGGUGAUUGGGGAUGGGUUCAUCCCAUGGCAGCACCUCGAGCCUCCAGGAGGAGGAGGGGGAGGAAGGGCUGUAUGCAAACCAGGGAUGGAGGAGAGCUGAGCUGCAAAGGGGCAGAGGCUGCUGGAGAGGGAGGAGGGUUCCUCUGCCCUGUCCCAGUUAUGUGAUCGUUCUGCUCGUCUCCCUUGAGAGCACCUCCAGACAAGGCCAGGCUUCAUUGCGUUGCUGUGGGCUUGCCUGAAUUCCUGCUGAUCUCAAAACAGUUGCUGUGCUGAAUGUGUUCAGCUCAGACAGCCCUUCUCCAGCACCCCCCGUGCUGCUGGGUUUGCUCCUUGGCUGCUUGCUCAGCCCCCCUUGUUGGGUUUGCAUGGGGCACUGCUGCUGGCUCACCCCUGCACCCCCUAUGCUGGCGAGGGGAGGGGAAACUGCAUUUUCCCAUUUGCUGAGGGGUUCUGGGCUGUGCCAACAGUACAUGGUGUAAGUGUGCCAGUCCCUCCUCCCUCCAUCUGCUGUGUGACCACAGCUGCACCCAGCUGUGCUGCCCUGUGUGUGCACAGUGUGUCCUGAGCAAUGGGCAGUGCUGUGCCCCAGCAGCUCCAGCACAUCCCUUCCCAUUGCUGACCUCGAGGACCCCCCCCCCCCCCCCCCCCAUAACCCCAUCUCUGCUUUCCAUGCAGUGCUAUCCCAUACCCUUGGGGCUCUUGGAUAAAGAGGAGCCCCAGCGCUGCGUUCUUGGCUCCGUGCAGUGCUCCAUAUGGUAGCAGCCACCCCUGUUAACACAGCGAGCCCUCAGACUGGGGGGGAGGAGGGGGGGGGAAAGAGGAACAACUGUGUGCCAGGAGGGUGUCCGGGUGUUUGUGUGGCACUGGGUUGGGGCUCUGGGUGGAAGGAGUGCCUCUGUGCUGAUGGUGGGUGGGAGCAGGCAGUGGGGUGUUUGGGGAAGGGCCCCCCCAUCCUUCUUCUGCAGGGAGAGGGGUGGGUGUGGGGAAGCUCUCAUGCCCCCCCCUCCCCCCCCCCAGCCCUGGGGUUUGGAGGAGGGGCAGUGCUCUCCUGCUGCAGGUAUUGGGUGCCCAUACAGACACUGCCCUAUUGUUGAGCACGGCUCACAAAGCAGAUGGUGAGUGAGCCUGAUUGCUGAGAAACACAAUCCUAUCGUCGGGGUGCAGCCGGGUGGGGGUCCUCACUGCAGCUCCACGCACAGCAGCAAUACCCCCCCAGCCCUGCGUGGGGGAGGGGGGUGUUCAGUUGCAGAGCCCAUUGGGCUGUGCUGCUGGUGGCUGUUGUGUUCCCAACCUUCCUUAUCCACGCCCGGGGCCAGAGACCUUGUGGAAAAAACCAGUAGUGCUGCAAUGCCGACUCUGCUCCCAUAAACAGCACCCUGGAGGGGGGGAGUGGACAGGCAGUGCUCUGUUUGGAGGUCGGGGAGGGGGGGACGGGGUGGCUGUGGGAUGAGCACUGCUGCUUCCAGGAGCUGCUGCUGCUGCUGACUUCAUAGCUUGGCGCACCCCGCUCUGCUUUUGCUUGAAAUCUUUCCACUGUGGAUGAAAGCAGGUUCUUGGAGCAGGCUGCUUGCGCUGCAACACCCUCUACACUACCCGAAGCAAUCCUUCACCAUGGUGGCAGACACUCCCGAGAACCUGCGCCUAAAGCAGCAGAGCGAGCUGCAGAGCCAGAUUCGCUACAAGGAGGAGUUUGAGAAGAACAAGGGGAAAGGCUUCAGCGUGGUGGCCGACACCCCGGAGCUGCAGAGAAUCAAAAAGACUCAGGAUCAGAUCAGCAAUAUCAAAUACCAUGAAGAGUUUGAGAGGAGCAGGAUGGGCCCCAGCCCCAGCGAGGGCGCAGAGAUGGAGCGCAGGAACUCCCAGGAAAGCGCCAAUUACCGACGGCCGGAGCAGCACCAACCACAGCACCACGUCCAGCCCAGCAACCCGGUGUACCAACAGCAGCCGCCGGCCUCGCAGUCCUAUGGCUACAAGGAGCCCGCAGCGCCCGCCUCCACGCAGCGCAGUGCACCGUCCGCAGCAGGGAAGCGUUUCCGUGCCGUCUAUGAUUACAACGCGGCCGAUGAGGACGAGGUCUCCUUCCAGGAUGGUGACACCAUCAUCAACGUGCAGCAGAUCGACGACGGUUGGAUGUACGGCACGGUGGAGCGCACGGGCGACACGGGGAUGCUGCCAGCCAACUACGUGGAGGCCAUCUGAGGGGGGGGUGGGGCCAAACACCCCCCCCCCCCCCCCCCUCCAUCACCACCACCACGUGGCCCCGGUGCGCGCGCGUCUCUCUCCCCCAGCAUCCCUUACCUCUGCCGGAGCCGCGUCCCGACAUCUCGGUUUCUUUGUGUUUCUGCAGCCGCCUCUGGUUUCUCUCGCCAAUGUAGCUUUUUGUUCUCGCUCUGUCGGGACUGAGGGUUCUGUCUGCGAGGGAUGUCGGGGGCUCUGGGACCAAAUGUUUCUCCCUCUGCCUUCCUCCUCCCUUCCGCAGGGGAUGGGGGGCGCACACACACACACACACACACACACACACACACACACACACACACCAGGCUGCGCCCCCUCCUCGUUGCGCUGGGAAUGCAAGGGGAGGGAGGAGCAGAAUCAUUUCCUUAGGACCAAACAUCCCACCUCUUGGGGGCUGGGGGGGUGGGGGUGCUGGGGGGACCAGCUGGCAGCUCCUGCCCUGCGCUGCUCCGGCUCUGCUCGUCCCAUUGCUUCCCCCGGCUCUCUGUUUGCCGUUCCUAUUCCGACUGCACUCCCUCAGUCCUCAGUGUUGCAAACCAGAAGAGUAUUUGUGGUUAAAAUCUUGAAAGAAAAAUCCUUUCUUGGGAUUCGGAGUGGUUCCAGGCAGCCCUGGGAGCGGCUCCUGCUGCUUUUUGGGGGUCCAGCUGCUUCAUUCUGCAUCCCAGGCUGAGAGGUGCCACUGUGCAGGAGCGCCUGCUGCCCUGACCUCAUGGCCCCCCGCAGCUCCGGUUCUCCCCUUUUGGGUCCCCAUCCCUGUGCCUCUUUGGGCCGAGUGUGACAUAUCUCCCUGCACUGUCACCACACUGGGACUGUGCUGGGGGCUGUCCCUGCUGGUGGCAGAAGCGGGGAGGGGGGUUGGGCACCCCGAGCCCUGUGCCAUCCCCCACCUCUCACCCGUUGGUCCCCAGCGGUGGUGGCCGCUGACGUGGGAUCGCAUCGUGGACCAAGAUUUCAAAGCACAUCUCUGUCCCCUUCCCCGUUCGGGCUGGGAAGGUCCCAGAGCUGAAGGUAUAACUGGAAGCCUACAGCCAGGUGCUCAUGUCCCAAAGGACCAAAGUGACCGAGUUCAGACAGCCCUCAGCUCCGCAUGGGGACAAUCCCAUGGGACGGGGGAGGGCCUCGCCGGGAACAUCCCACCCCUCUCCUGCCUCCAUCCCACCAGGGUGGGCUGCAUGGGCUGAAGGUCCGCUCGGUGCUACACAGGCAAGUGCAGGAGGAGGGGAGGGGGCAGAGAGUCCGCAUCCCUCCCCAUCACCCUGUCCUUCAUCAUCCUUGUCUGGGAAAUAGUGGGGGGAGGGGGGUGGAGGGGGAGUGUCGAUGUGAAUAAACCGUUUUUUAAUGGACCAAAUCACACAGGUGAUCACGUUUUGGUAUACAGACCUUUUUUUAAUGCUACCUUGGAACCAUUGUCCUGAGUCUCCGCGCCUCUUCUCCCCCACCGUGGGAAACAAACCUCUUAACUGCUUCAUUUCUGCCUUUUCUCUCGACUUAUGCACUUUUUUGCCUUUUUUCAUAGCUGAAAAGCACCUAAACCUGUAUUUAAAAUAAAUAAAUGAAUAAAAAAACGUUAAAAAAAAAAAAAAAAGAAAGAAAGAAAGAAAGAAAAAGAAAUGGAAAAGCUGAAUCGCUUCUCGUCACGUGUAAAAUAAACCUCGCCCUUCUCGGCUGCCCUGAUCACAUCUCAGUGCUUGGAAGGUGUUUCCUUUGGAUCCACCACUUGGUUGGGGUCUGUCCUCAUGUUCUCCUUCCCAUGGGGCUGAGCACCCACCGACAAUCCAUCCUUUGGCCUUUUUAACCCGACCCUCGAAUGGAACAGACCGAUCGAUCCUCCUUGCUGGUUUCCUCCACAAUAAAAGUAUGGUUUCUA